AUGGCGUCCACCGUGGGUCAGACUAUUACUUGCAAGGCAGCUGUUGCCUGGGGAGCUGGAAAGGAGUUGACAAUCGAGGACAUUGAAGUCGCGCCCCCAAAGGCACACGAGGUCCGCGUUCAGAUCUACUACACUGGUGUUUGCCACACCGAUGCCUACACAUUGUCCGGCAAGGAUCCCGAGGGUGCUUUCCCCAUCGUUCUGGGACACGAGGGCGCUGGUAUUGUCGAGUCUGUUGGCGAAGGAGUUACCAAUGUGAAGCCUGGCGACCACGUUGUCGCUCUCUAUACCCCAGAAUGCAAGGAGUGCAAGUUUUGCAAAUCUGGUAAGACGAACCUCUGCGGCAAGAUCCGAGCAACCCAGGGCAAGGGCGUCAUGCCCGAUGGUACAUCUAGAUUCAAGUGUCAGGGUCAGGACCUUCUUCACUUCAUGGGCACCUCGACAUUUUCGCAGUACACCGUUUUGGCGGAUAUUUCUGUCGUAGCGAUCCAGGGCGAUGCCCCCAUGGAUAGAACAUGUCUUCUGGGAUGUGGUAUUACCACUGGUUACGGUGCCGCUCGCGUUACUGCUGGUGUCGAGGAGGGCUCCAACAUUGCCGUCUUUGGUGCUGGUUGCGUUGGUCUCUCUGUUGUUCAAGGUGCUGUUAUCAACAAGGCCGGCAAGAUUAUUGUUGUCGAUGUCAACCCAUCCAAGAAAGAAUGGGCCGAGAAGUUUGGCGCCACUGACUUUGUGAACCCCAACGACCUCCAGGGCCAGACCAUUGUUGAGAAGUUGGUUGAGAUGACAGACGGCGGCUGCGAUUACACCUUUGAUUGUACCGGUAACGUUGGCGUAAUGCGCGCCGCUCUCGAAGCUUGCCACAAGGGCUGGGGAGAGAGUAUCAUCAUUGGUGUUGCCGCUGCUGGCCAAGAGAUUGCCACACGACCUUUCCAGCUUGUCACUGGCCGUGUGUGGAAGGGUUGCGCUUUCGGUGGUAUCAAGGGCCGUUCCCAGAUGCAAGGCCUUGUUGACGACUACCUCAAGGGAGCCCUGAAGGUUGACGAGUUCAUCACGCACCGCAAGACCCUCGGAGAGAUUAACAAUGCCUUUGAGACUAUGAAGCAGGGUGACUGUAUCCGUGCCGUCGUUGACAUGCGUCAGCUGUAG